AUGUCAUACGGAACAAUAAAAGGCUUUGAUCGCCAGAACAAUAUCGCAAGGAUGAAAGUCUACUGCACAGCUUUCUAUUUCACUCUUGCGUCCAUCAUCACAGCCAAGGUCGUUCUUUCCCUACCACAAGCCGCUGAUCAAGCCGCCUCCUCCACAACCAGCUCAGCUAUAGCGAAGGCGUCAGACACAACCUCGGAUAAGGCCCAAGCCGUGGCGGGUUCUACAGACAUCAAGCUCGCCAUUAACAACAUCGACGCUGACUGGAAGACUCUUACCUGCACUAAUCCUGCCGUGACGGACGCGACUAUCAACCCCGAAGAGCGGUGGACGAAACUCGACUGUAACGAUGCCUGGGAUGCUGCCGUGUCGGCCGUUGCGACCGCCACAAAUACCGCGGGAGUCACAUUUCCCCAGCUUAUCUCCAACUUCUUCCACGGGCCAGAUAAUAUGGGGUGCGGUGCUCUCAGUGCGAAGAAUGGAUGCAACCAGGAUGUUCUGUGUGUCGAUCCACCUGCGAGCUACGUCCCAGGCUUCGAAAUCCUGAAUUCAUUUGUUGGAAUUAGCAGUUUGAACUACAACAUCUAUGAUUCUCUUACAAAGGCGGAAGGUCAGAUCACGACCCAGGUUGGGGAAUUCGCUUCUACCUUCGCGCCUAUCGAUCCGAGUGUAGACGCAUGGAAGUUAGUCCUCGACCUAAUUGGCCUGAGCUUCGCGCUCGCUGUGUCGCCCCUGUGGAAUGCUGCAUUCAAGAAAAUUCCGUUUUUCAAAGCCAAUCCCAACACCCUAGGCACGAUCAAAGAUAGUGUCAAUCCGCUUGUAUCCAAUGGAGUCACGUUGAUUAAGGAUGGCUCUGUCGCUGGUGAAUCUUUGAACAACCAAAACACCUUGGAAAAGAAUUUGGGUGACUUUGUUGAAGUAUGGGCCAACACCCUCAGUGCCAUCAAUGAAGGGUUGUUCAGCGGAAAGGAUGAUGACAUCAAACAACUACACGAUUUGAUCGACGGAGGCAAAUGUCUCCAAGCUGGCGUACUACUCGACGACGUAGUUGUCAGCGAGGCGAUCUCGCAAGCUAUAUUCGCCUACAUGAUUCCGCAAGCAUGGGCGCUGAGUAGUAGAGACAUCCAUCCAGUCGUGAUAAACACCGGUAUCGAUUGCGGGUCAGACGACAAAGUGGAUGCAAAAUACCUCGUUGCCGGUGACGCCGAGAAAACGAAAACGUGUGUCAACAACAAGAUCUACCACGUGCUCUCUGUAUCUGGCAGCGGGACUGUGCAAGGUUCGAGCCAGUUCGGGCCCGCUCUGCCCACCUUUAGGACGCUCGAGGUACCGCCGGGCCUGGAUGCGUUGGACGGAAAGCAAUGGGGAGGUUUGACUAAGGACAAUAUCGCCGCCGCUGCUGUGGCGACAUACGCCAAAGCUGGCAACCAAAAUGGUGGCGCAGCGAUUGAUCCCAGCACUGCAGAUGGGGUCUCUGACAUCUUUGAUCAUGGCGUCGAAGCUGCUGGUAUUGUCUCGAUCCCUAUUUGCGGAUACGAUGAGGCGUGGAAGAAUUGGUGCGGGAACAAGAAGACGGCUCACUACCCUUGCAAUUGA